AUGCGGGGUCUUGCGGGUGGUCCCGUCAAGACUCACCUGUUCCGGCUUGAACUAGAUUCACUAGAGCAAGCCAUUUCCAUUGCGGAACAGGAAGACUUCAGUCUGAGACAGGCUCGCGCCAGCUCGACAUCAUAUCGUCAACCGAGACGAUAUGACAACGGAGGUCCAGAGCCGAUGGAACUCUGUUAUGUAGAAAGCGAGAAGGCUCGCUCUACAGACUACAAGAAGUUGCAGAAAUGCAACAGAUGUCAGAAGACAGGACACUACGCUUACGAGUGUAGUGCCCCUCGUCCAGUGUCUCGUGACACUGGGCGUAGUGACCGUCCACCCAUGAGAAAGGGGCAGGGACGCGGGUCCGAUGUUGGUGCAAAGACGCAACAAAGGGAUGGACCGUCAAAAAACGGACAGGAUCAGUAG